UCUAGACAUUUACAAAGUGGCUUGGAUGCAAGGUUGUCAACCCGCGGGUUGACCCGGACCCGGUUGAGCUAGUGGGUCAAGGGUUAAUGGGUCACCCAUUUUAGCCCGGUUUAGCCCGGAAAUAUGGAAAGCGUCAUUAUAUUGUACUUAUCCUGAUAAAUUAUACCAAAUCUCAUCUAACAUAUGAGUUAUAACAUAUAAUAUUACACCAAAAUAACAUUUCGUACUUAGAUUCAACAUAUAGUGAAAAUUAACACACACUUAGAAUUCCAAAGAUUGAGUUAGGCGAAAAAGAAUAAUCGGAAAAUAGGCGCAUUUCGCAAAACAAGGAAAAAAAUGAUACAAUUUGACCUCCAACCCGGUACCUUAUAGCGGUCGACCCGGCGGGUGCGUGCGGCCCGUUUUUCUCACCGGGUCAGGGUCAAAGUGGGUCAACCCGCGGGUUGACAACCUUGCUUGGAUGACAGUAGAUUGGUUUUGUUUUCUUCACCACCAGCUUGAACAGAUGUUUUUUUUUUGGCGGAAUAUGUUAAUUAACAAGAAAAGGGCAUUCAUCGGCCAACUGCCUUGUACGUGAACAUCGAUAGCCCAGAAUAAGUUGCAUUAUUUCCAUCGCCGGAAAUCAAUAGCACAUCCCUAUUUAUAAUUAGUCUCCAUCGUCCAAGUGUAAUUAAUUAAUAAUCAAUCAAGUAAUCCCUGCUUCAAACAUCAUGGCUACAUUGCACUGUUUCCACCGCCGCCCGAUCAUCCUCGUCGCCAUCCUCGCCGCCUUUGCCGCCGCCAUCGAAUCACAGCCGAACACGAACAUGGUCCCCUUCAGCUGCUCCUCCAUCCGAACCACCACCUGCUCGGCCACCCUCUACCACAUCACCACCGCCGCCAACACCACGCCGCAGCAAGUCGCCGCCGACUACUCCGUCUCCCCGUCCCAGCUAAAGCCCAUCGCCCACCUCGACCGCCAGGACCUGCUCGUUACGGUGCCCUGCGCCUGCCAGGGCGUCAACGGGACCGUCGCCUACUUCUACGACACCCACUACGCCGUGAAAACCGGCGACACGUUCGCCAACGUGUCGGCGGAGGUGUACAGCGGCCAGGCCUGGCCGACGGGGGACGAGGCGAGGAGGUUCAUCGCCGGGAAGAGCGUGACGAUGAACCUGUUGUGCGGGUGUUCGGCCGGCGAGGAUGUGGUGACGUACACCGUUCAGGACGGGGAUACGUUGUUCGGCGUGGCGACGAUGUUGGCGUCCGAUGUGAAGGGGAUUCAGCGGCUGAAUGGCAAGUUGCUGGGGAACUCGAGUGAUUUUAUUGACGUCGGCGAGGUUCUGUUUGUGCCGGUUACGAUCAACAACGGAACUCUGUUGGGUUAAAUCUCGUUACGUACUCUGAUUUGUUGUACAAGAAAUAAAAAGUCUAUAGAUGAUUUCUUGGCAAGAGGAUCUAAUGAAUAAUAAUAGAAAUG